CUGCAAUAGCAUGUAAAAAAUAUGAAGUCUCAGUAUGUCCAUCGAACUGUGAAUUCAAUAGCCCAAAUGAAAACUAUUCAAUAGGCCUCGCUGUUUCUUUUAAUGAAAAAGCUAUGACCCGACAAGCACUCAGCUUAUAUUGGAAAAACAUCAAGUUCUUAAAUGACCUCUUAGUUUAUCAAUCAAGCUGCAAACUCACAUGGCAAGAAUUCAAUACUCAUUUUGAUCCGAUUCCUAAGGGCUCAACACCUUCCUG